GAAUGUGAGCAUUAGCAAUAUAUAAGCAACCAUAGUUGCUGGUUGGGUGGUGGGUGAGGUAGGCCUUGAAUUUGCGGUAAGUAAAAGGCCUCCAGAGAAGAAAGAGCCAAACUCCAAACUCUCUCUUUAUUCCCUUCAAAUUCGCUUCGCUGCUUUCCUCUCUGUACUGUACCUCAACGAGGUUUCUCCAACACACACACACACUCUCUCUCUCUCUUCGUGUCUUCUACAUUGUCUUCUUCUUUUUCUUCUUCUUCUUCCUCAUUACUUCAUCCUAAAAGCCUUAAACUUCACAACUGGGGUAGCACUUAAUCUUCUCUUACCUUUUCACCUUCAUCACAUUGCUUUCAUCACCAAAACAGCCUCUUUUUUUCCCCUCCUUUUGUUUAUCUGUUUGAAUAGAGAGACAUAAACCAAUACAUGAAAAUCAACACAAAUUAAGGUUCUCCUGUCCUGAGAUAUAUAAUUCUCUUCUAACUUACACUAACUCACUCAAAAAAGGAGUAUUCAUUGAAAGAAGGAAUAGAUAGUGUGACAUCAAUUCAGAACCUUUGUUUCUGUGAAUAGAGGAAGCUACAUGAAGUUGUGAGUUGUGCCAACAAUGAGAGAUGAGAACUCGAAGAAGAGCAAGCUUUCUUGGCCAAAAACAUUGGUCAAGAAGUGGUUCAAUAUCAAGAGCAAAACUGAGGAUUUUCAGGCUGAUGAUGUUCUCUGCGAAGGUAUUGAUGAAGAGUGUAGUAGCAACUACUCAGAGAGGGAGGCAUGCACCAUUAGGAAAAGCAAAUCAGAGAGAUCAAGCAGAUGGUACUCAGACAGAAUACGAAGAGGUAAGAAUGAACUUGAUGAAGCUCAGGUUACAGAUGUGUAUAAUUAUAGGAUCUUUGUUGCCACAUGGAAUGUAGCAGGGAAGUCACCUCCAACUUAUUUGAGUCUUGAAGAUUGGCUUCACACCUCUCCACCUGCCGACAUCUAUGUUCUUGGGUUUCAAGAAAUUGUACCUCUUAAUGCUGGUAAUGUUUUGGGAACGGAAGACAAUGGCCCUGCAAGAAAAUGGCUAGCCCUUAUUAGGAGGACCCUGAAUAGCCUUCCUGGAACAAGUGGUGGGUGCCACACUCCUUCACCCCUCCCUAAUCCUAUUGUAGAGCUAGAUGCUGAUUUUGAGGAAUCAAUGAGGCAGAAGGCAACCUCCUUCUUUCAAAGGCGGUCCUUCCAAUCCUUGAGUCGUAGUAUGAGAAUGGAUAAUGACAUGUUAAUACAACAAGCUUGCCUUGAUCGCCGUCUCAGUGUUUGUGAUAGAAUGAUACUAGGUCACAGAACGAGUGACUAUGACCCCAAUUAUCGAUGGGGUUCAUCAGAUGAAGAAAAUGGCACUGGUGACUCCCCAAUUACAACACAUUAUUCACCGGUAUCUUAUGGCGGUGGUUGUUUCUCUAUGGAGGACAGUGAUAGACAGACAGGACACUCAAGAUACUGCUUGGUUGCUAGUAAGCAAAUGGUUGGGGUAUUUCUAACUGUUUGGGUGAAAAGUGAUAUAAGAGAUGAUGUUCACAACAUGAAAGUGUCUUGUGUUGGCAGAGGGUUGAUGGGAUAUCUAGGAAACAAGGGAUCAAUAUCAAUUAGUAUGUCAUUGCACCAAACAAGCUUUUGCUUCAUUUGUAGUCAUUUGACUUCUGGACAAAAGGAUGGUGAUGAGUUAAGGAGAAAUUCAGAUGUAAUGGAGAUUCUCAGGAAAACAAGGUUUCCCCAGGUCCAUGACAUGGGUGAUGAGAAUUCUCCUCAGACAAUUCUGGAACAUGAUCGAAUAAUUUGGCUCGGGGAUUUAAAUUAUCGGAUAGCCCUUUCUUACCGUGCAGCCAAAGCUCUUGUAGAGAUGCAUGAUUGGAAAACUUUGUUAGAGAAUGACCAGCUGUGUAUUGAGCAGAGGCAAGGUAGAGUCUUUGAAGGAUGGAAUGAAGGGAAAAUAUAUUUCCCUCCCACAUAUAAGUAUUCAAACAAUUCAGACAGAUAUGCCGGUGAUGACAGACGCUCAAAACAAAAGAGAAGAACUCCCGCAUGGUGUGAUCGUAUCUUGUGGUAUGGAAGAGGCCUGCACCAAUUAUCAUAUGUUCGUGGGGAGUCAAGAUUCUCUGAUCAUAGGCCAGUUUAUAGCAUAUUCUUGGCAGAAGUUGAGUCUAUUAGUUGUAACCAAAUGAAGAAAAGCUCCGGUUCCAGGAUUGAAGUAGAAGAGUUGUUGCCACAUUCACAUGGUUACGGCUACACUGAUUUGAACUACUUUUGAUGAAUGCCAAAUAUUUUUAAUCCACGAGAUCUCCUUCAUCAUUUGAGGGAAUGGAAACAGCUGAGUGUACCAAACAAGAGAUUUCUUGACAGCAAUGGAUUUGACCAUGUCGUUCUUCCUAAUAAAGUUUCUAGUUGAGAUGUCAUGCAAGCCUUAUCCUUAUCCCUCACUUGGGCCCCCUCCUCUUUUAGGUAGGCUAUACAAUGAGGACUGAGGAGUUGCUAGUCACUAUGAUGAAAGUGACAUUCUGUUACCCUCACACUCCCAAAGAAGCUGCAGAGUUUGUGGGUUUGCACUAAGGAUAUUUGGGGCUCACAAUCUUAUUGGUAGAAUAAUGGCUAUGUAUCAAUACUAGUGGACACUAGUGAUAACGAUUUGUGUUCUUUAAUCAAGUUAUUCAUGGUUCAAAUCUGAUCUUAAAUAUGAAAUAGACGAGUACACGAAACUUGUGUGUACAUGCAUGGGUCAAAGAAGACAAAUAGCAUUUCUCAAUUCUCAUGAUGACAAAAUGAUUUGAAGAUUGAAACUAUGGUGUUUGACUUAUUCUUUAUCGCAAUUACAGAGAUAACCAGCAAGUAUUUGUACACAGUGUUGACUAUCUCAAGUUCUUAACCGUCCUAUUAUUUUCUUAUAGCAGCUUUAAUGAGAAUCAUUGAAGCUAAUAAGUAAAAUUCACGUUGUUGUUUCAAUUUUGUUUUUAUGAGUUAGUUGCAACGAAAAGGAAAAAGGACCUACACUAGUUACACUUUGUAGCCUUUUACCAGUAAGUCAUUAUUUGUACCCAAUUCUAAACUUCUUUUUCCUUUUGUUUCA